ACAAGUGAAGCGAUCCCUUCCCUCUAAACGCCAUGGCUGAGAUGUAAUUUAUAAUCAAGCGCCAAACCACUAGAUUAUGAAUCUUCCAGAAUAUACUAACUAACUAUUAUCUCGGAAUUAAACCGCGGAGAUUAGAGAUCAUUUGUCAUCGAAUAUAUCAUCCAUCACCAUCUACUCCAGAACCGCCUAUACAGAUCUAUAAAGGCCUUCUCCCCACACACCCACUACCACACACAACCAUCAUCCCCAUCCCGAAUCCCCCUCCCAAGCACAGUUAACCAAAUCCACCGCAACCAUGUCCCCCACCCAAAAAGCCCUCAUCGUGACCCCCACCAAAACAGCAACCCUAACAACCACCCAACCCCUCCCCACCCUCCGCGACGGCUACAUCCUCGUCAAAACCGCCAGCGUGGCCCUGAACCCCACAGACUGGAAGCAUGUUACAGCGCGCGCCCCACCAGGGGUCCUCGUCGGGUGCGACUACUCUGGCACAGUCGAAGCCCUCAGCCCAACAGCCGCAUCGUCAACAGAUCUUAAAAAAGGAGACCGCAUCUGCGGAUUCGCGCACGGAUGCAACGCCGGACAGCCUGAGGACGGCGCUUUCGCGGAGUAUAUCGUCGUGCCGGUUGGCACGCAAACUCGGAUUCCGGAUAAUUUGUCGUUUCAGGAGGCCGCGACGCUGGGGGUGGGUGUUACUACUGUGGGACAGGCGCUGUAUCAGAGUUUGGGGAUGGUGUUGCCUGGGAGCCCCCCAGCCAAGCCAGAGCAAGAGGCGGUGUUGAUUUAUGGGGCGUCGACAGCGACGGGGGCGCUAGCGGUCCAGUUCGCGAAGCUAUCCGGGUACCGCGUGAUAGCAACAUGCUCGCCGCAACAUUUCGAGAAAGUGCGCGCGCUAGGCGCAGAUGAGGUCUUCAACUCACGGGACGAGUCCGCUGCAGAGCGAAUUCGGGAGAUUACUGGCGACAAGCUGCGCCUGUGCCUGGACUGUGUGUCGCUAGAGUCUACCGCGGCAUACUGCGGUAAGGCGCUGUCGUCGCAGGGCGGGGAGUACAGUGCGCUGUUGCCGGUGAAGGUUGAGCGAGCGAAUGUCAAUAGUCGGUUUACGAUGGGGUAUACGGCGGUUGGGAAGGAGUUUCGCUAUGGGGAUAGAGUGUUUGAGGCGAGUGCGGAGGAUCAGGCGUUUUCGAGGCGGUUUUGGGCGCUCGCAGAGGGGUUGCUUGCUGAGGGGAAGGGGGUGUUGGAGGGGUUGGAGGAGAUGAGGGCGGGGAGGGUUAGUGGGGUGAAGUUGGUUUAUAAUGUUGGGGAGACUGCUUGA